CCCGCCCUAGCCAAAGCCAAGCCAGUCUAGGAAGCCAGCCUCCAAAGCCACAGGCAGGUGCAGCGGCAGCCUCGGUGAGAGCGCGCGGAGAGGAGCCGUUAGCGCGCGCCGUCCUUUGCCGUCCGUCCUUCGGUCCCUGCGACUGUCAGCCGUUCGUCGUUCCUCAGUAGGUUUCCAAGCCCAGCAGUCUCGGCCCCUCAUCUCUCAGCAUCCGGAGCUGCCCGGCCGAGCCGGUUCGAGUCCAGAAGCCAUGUCCAUGGGCCUGGAGAUCGCCGGCACGUCGCUGGCCGUGUUGGGCUGGCUGUGCAGCAUCUUGUGCUGCGCCCUGCCGAUGUGGCGGGUGUCAGCCUUCAUCGGCAGCAGCAUCAUCACCGCGCAGAUCACCUGGGAGGGCCUGUGGAUGAACUGCGUGGUGCAGAGCACCGGCCAGAUGCAAUGCAAGAUGUACGACUCGCUGCUGGCCCUGCCUCAGGACCUGCAGGCCGCCCGAGCCCUCAUUAUCGUAUCCAUUUUGCUGGCCGCCUUCGGGCUUCUUGUGGCACUCGUGGGCGCCCAGUGCACCAACUGCGUGCAAGACGAGACGGCCAAGGCCAAGAUCACCAUCGUGGCGGGCGUCCUCUUCCUGUUGGCCGCUCUGCUCACCUUAGUGCCAGUGUCCUGGUCAGCCAACACCAUCAUCAGGGAUUUUUAUAACCCCCUGGUGCCUGAGCCCCAGAAACGAGAGAUGGGAGCUGGGCUGUAUGUAGGCUGGGCAGCUGCGGCUUUGCAGCUGCUAGGGGGCGCGUUGCUUUGCUGUUCCUGCCCACCCCGAGAGAAGUACGCUCCCACCAAGAUCCUGUACUCUGCACCGAGAUCCACUGGGCCUGGCACCGGCACAGGCACCGCCUAUGACCGCAAGGACUACGUUUGAGAGGCCAGGUGCACGCAGAGCCCACCACUACCAGCAUCACCACCACCACCAGCAUUCAGCAUCCCACCAGUCCAGCCUGCCUGCAGUCUAGCAUGGGAGACCACCUGCCUUCUAGAUGGUGCCACAUGCCACGAGGCUGGCUUGUUAGACUGGAAGAAGUCAGAUGGCCUGGCGUCCUCCUCCCACCAGCCCCGUUCCCCAGCUGCCAACUGACUUGUCAGGCCAGGAUCAGUCCAACCCUUGUGGACAGAGAAACCUGGCCCUUCCCAAGUUCAGGGCUGGGGUGGCCAGGGCAACUACUUGCCAGCCCCAUUCUGCACCACAGCAGGAAGGCUCACUGUGGGCAGGGACCAGCAGCCAUAAAACGGGCCAUUUCAUAUUUUUCAAUAAAAGCCUUUUGUUUUUGCA